AGAAAUUCUUCUAUUUGCUCGUACUCUCUCUCCUAGCACCGAGCAGCUGAAGAAGUCCUAAAAUUCUGAUUUCUCUGGUACAGAUCCAACGAUCACACUACAUAUAUACGUGUGUGUGUAUUUAUAUAUUUCCUCGCUGUGAACCAUCUCUCGUACUGCAAUUCUGACCGAUUUUCUCUCUCCCCUCUCUGUUCCCUUUUAUCUGCCAGGUAGUGGAGCGCUUGUUCAUGUUUAACAUCAGACGCGGGUGAUAUAUGUUUGUUUUCAUGUAGUUUGUACAAGGCAUAAAUCCAAUGUGUAUUACAUAUACAUUUCAUUUUUUAUUUUUUAUUUUAUUUUUUUCUCCUUCAUAAUGAAGGCCCAUGGAUACUGUUGAGGCUGCUAUAUCAAGUCAUCCACAUGAAGAGAAUAUAGAAGACAAAUCCCAAAUAUUGUUUGCGUUGGAUGCUGAUGUGGUUCAGGAGUGUCAAGACCAGAAUGAAUCCUCUGCUGAAAUGAAUGGGGCAGACAUUAUUGGGCAGCAAAUAUGCUUGAGCCCAAACGUUUCCUCUGCUGAGGAGAAUGGGCAGUCCAUUUUUGGUGACCACGAGUUUCGGAGCUCAAAAGGUUUCUCUUCCAAUAAAAAUGGGAUAGUCAUAGAUGGUGAGUGUGAGUGCCUGAGUCCAAAAGAUACAUCUGUUGACAAACACGGGAUGGACACUGAUGGUGAGCACAAGGACCAGAUUUCGGAAGUUUUCUGCGUAGACAGGGAAGGGAUGGACAUUAUUGAUGGUAAGCUGGAGUAUCAGAGCCCAGAUGUUGCACCUGUUGACAGAUCAGGGUCUUGUCAUUCUGUAAAAGAUGAAACUGACAUAUAUGUGGUCCCAGAACUUGGCAUGGAGUUUGAAUCAGAAGACCGCGCAUAUAUGUGCUACAACAGAUAUGCUGCUUUGGAAGGUUUCAGCAUUAGGAAAGAUUUUGUAAAUAAAAGUAGGAUUAAUGGUUUAGUAAUCUCAAGAAGGUACACCUGUCAUAAGCAAGGUUAUCGGCCUACCAAGCGUGAUGCAAAUGUAAAGAAACCUCGAAAGGAUACAAGAACUGGUUGCUUGGCACAUCUGACAAUUGCCCGUCAACCCAAUGGCAAGUAUUGUGUCGCCCAUUUUGAAACAAAACACAAUCAUGAGUUGGCAACACCAAUCACAGCUCAUUUGUUACCAUCACAAAGGAGAAUAACUUUUGCUGAAGCUGUUGAAGCUGAAUUAGCUAAUAACUCUGCGACGGAUGGGGUGCCAAAGCUCGGAAUGGGCUUUGUCUCAGAAGAUCAUGCUUAUGAGUUUUACAAUGCAUAUGCAGGACAGGUAGGUUUUAGUGUUCGGAAGGAUUAUGUAAACAGAAGUAAGAUAGAUGGUGCUGUGGCAUCUAGAAGGUUCACUUGUUUUAGAGAAGGUUUUCGGCAAAGAGACAAACGGGAUUUGAAUGUGAAGAGACCUCGAAAAGAAACAAGAAUUGGUUGCUUAGCACAAUUGAUCAUUGCUCGUCAACCUGAUGGGAAAUAUCGCAUUACUCAUUUUGAAGAAAAUCACAAUCAUGAGCUUGUACCCGCAUGUAGAGUCCGCAUGUUACGGUCACAAAAGAGGUCAGCUUCAGAAGCCAGUGCAGCAAACAGCUCUAAUACGCUAUCAAAAUCAGCUCCUGAGUCAAUAUGCAAGCCAGCUGGGGAUCAGGGAAAUUUUGAUUAUCAUCCCAUAGAUUAUAAUAGUAAACUACUAUGCAAACGUAAGAGAGAAAUGAGGCAGGGAGAAGCAGAAAGUAUUCUUCAAUAUUUUCAGGACAAGCAACUAAAAGACUCAUCUUUCUUCUAUGCUGUACAAGUUGAUGCAGAAGAUGAAAUAACCAAUGUAUUCUGGGCUGAUGCAAAGAUGCUGGUGGACUAUGGUGAUUUUGGGGAUGUGGUUUGUUUUGAUACGACUUAUAGACUAGACAAAUAUUGCCGGCCUUUUGCACCUUUUAUUGGAGUGAAUCAUCAUAAGCAGAUGGUUAUCUUUGGUGCAGCACUUCUAUAUGAUGAAACUGUUGAAUCAUUCGAGUGGCUAUUUCGGACUUUCAUUGAGACAAUGUCUGGAAAAAAGCCAAAGACGAUCCUUACUGAUCAACAUGCAAUAAUGUCUGAAGCAAUCAAUUCGGUAAUACCAGAAACACACCAGCACUUAUGUGUGUGGCAUGUGUACCAGAAUGCACUCAAACACCUAAGCAAGGUAAUUAUGGGUUCAGAUUCUUUUGCCAAUGAUUUAGGCAGUUGCAUGUUUCAUCACGAUGAGGAGGAAGAUUUCAUUAAUGCUUGGAAGGCUAUGCUGGAUACGUAUGAUCUUUCAGAAAAUGAGUGGUUGCACGAUAUAUUUAAAGAAAGAGAGAAAUGGGCUAUACCAUACCAAAGGCAUUUUUUUUGUGCUGAUAUGAUAAAUGCACAACUCUCUGAGAGUUUCACAACUAACUUAAGGAAAUACCUAAAGUCUGACUUGGAUGUACUUAAAUUUUUCAAGCAAUUUGGAAAGGUGGUGAAUGAUUGGCGCUACAAAGAGUUAGAAGCUAAUUAUGAUAUGAGCCAACAUAUGCCGAGACUAAUGGGGGAUGUGAUUUUAUUGAAGCAGGCAAGAAAUAUAUACACACCAAAAAAUUUUGAAUUGUUUCAGCAAGAAUACGAAAAUUCUCUAAAUGCUGUUGUAAACCAAUGUACCGAUAGAGGGUCAUUGUUUGAGUACAAAGUUAGCAUAUAUGGACAACAACGAGAGUAUGUGGUUAUAUUUAACUCAUCAGAAGAUUCAGUUGUCUGCAACUGCAAGAAGUUUCAGUUUAUUGGAGUUUUGUGUAGCCAUGCAUUGAAGGUGCUUGACUAUAGGAACAUAAAGGUGAUCCCGACUCAAUAUAUCUUGAAGAGGUGGACAAAAGAUGCAAGGGUUUGAUGUGAUUGAUUGUGCAGCUUUCAAGAAACUACAGAUUCAUUUAGUAGGAUCCUUGACUCAGAAGCGGCUUCAGAAUUGACUUCUUUCAGAGCAUUAGAGCUUGAUGCUACUGAGAUAAUUUGAAUUUUCAAUGAGAAGAUGGCCUUCUUAUUUAGAAGUAGCUUUGAUGAUGCAGUAAAGGGGCAAAUGACUUGAGUGCAUCCACUGUAUAAGGAUGGCCAUAUAAAAAUAUGCUGCUUUCUGGGUCACAGUUUCAUGUUCUCAAGUUGACUGUAAUCUGCUCUUUCCAUCAAACCUAAAAUUUCUGUCUCAGUGAAGGUAUGAUUAGGUCCUUAAUGAAGCCUCAAUGUACUGAAAUACAGAAGCAACCAUAUCAGAGUGUGGCUUUUUGGGCUUGCAAUUGACUUGUUUCCUAAAAAAAAUAGAGAAAAUUUGUGAAAAAAUGGUACAGGAUCUUGAACUGAGCUGAGCAUGAGGAUAGAUGUCUUCAGAAACACAUUGAGUCUCAAGGUUAUAUAGUCAUGCUGAGAACCUUGUGUCAUUGGAUGUUAUUCUCAAAAGGUGGUUUUAUGGGACUUGCAAGUUUAUUGGCCUGAGGUUAUGGUAAUGUUGAGAAUCUUGUGCUACAGGCUUUGGCAUUUGAUGAACUGGAGUCCAUUAUUGAAUUUACGAGUCACUUAUAUUGCCGAGAUUUAACAGGAUCUAAAGGCAAUCAACCUACAGUGUGCUGCAGCACAUUUUAUCAUGCUGUUGUUGGCCUUAUGUCCAUUAGAAUGUUUCUUCUUCAAGCUUUGCAUGAGAAAGGAUAUUGCUUUGAGGUAGUGUAGUGCGAGAACACGGGGAUCCAUUAUUCUUUUGCCCUAUACUCUUUGGAGACACCUUUUUGGUCGAUGAUGCCUGAGGAAUUGGGGAGAUUAUAACUUGAAUUGUGCUGGAACUGAGCUUUUGUCCUAGUUUGGAUGGCCUAGGACGCAUCAACAGAAUGAAAGAGCCAACACUACAAACUCAUCAACGAUAUUGCUGAAUAUAACCGAGGAUAAACAUUAGGCCCUAGGCAGAAGUUUAAAUAUCAGAAGUCAUUCGAAUCCAGAAAUGCACGAGAUAUAAAAUGAUUUUACACAGGAGACAUCGCCAGAGAACACCACUUAUCAUGCGUUGCUAAAAAAGUAUGAUCCAUAAGCUUGCUGCUGAGGACGCAUUUUUUCCAUAGAGCCAAAUGCUUGAUGCUAAUUUAAGUGUAGCUCGUCUUUGAAUGGAUAAAAAGAUGGGAGGCUGUGUUACUGAUGUCGCCUAGUUAUGCUCUGGCUUAGUGUUUGUACAAUGGACAAAAAGUCAUAUUCUAGUUUAGUAUUUUGAUUACAACCUUUAUCUAGUUAAAAUUUGAAAUUUUUUGCC